AUGCCAUUUAAUUUUCAUAAAUUAAAACAAUUCUUCAUGUUUACAAAGCCUGAAAAUCUUAACGAUGGUAGCUUGAUACUUAAUCCAAAAGCAGCACAUAAAUAUUCUUUGAUUUGGGUAAGAGAAAUAAUUGAAUGAACUAGAUGCAUGGUUUAGGAGAUACUGCAUUUGGAUUUAUGGAUCUCUUUGAAUAAUUACCGAUAGUAAAAGCAGAAACAAAAGUAUUAUUACUUUAAGCUCCAUAAAGAGCAGUAACUAUUAAUAUGGGAAUGAAAUGCACAAGUUGGUUUGAUAUUAAAGUACUUAAAACAGAUUCUAAUGUUGAACACUUUAGCAAUAAUUUCAAAAGCGUAAUCAAUAAUUAUAUUACAAGACAGUUUCAAUGGAAGAAAUAGAAGAUUCUAGAAAAAUCAUCACAAACUAUUUAGAUUAAGAAAUUAAAUUAGUUUAAUCAAAAAAUGUAUUUAUAGGAGGAUUUUCUCAAGGAUGUUGUAUGGCUUUAGAAACUGGAUUAAGUUAUUCUUAAAGGUUAGGAGGUAUAGUUGGUUUGAGUGGUUAUUUAUUUCCAACUACUUAAAUGAAUGAUAUAUAAAAAGAAACUCCAAUUCUCUUAGUUCAUGGUUCAUAAGAUCAAAUGAUCCCAUGUGUAUUAUCUAAGAAAAGUUAUGAACGAUUAGAUAAUACAAAGAGAUAAUUAUUUGAUCAUAAAGUAAUUCCUCAAAUGGGUCAUGAAGUUCCUAUGCCAGUUAUAAAAUUGAUGGCAGAAUUCUUUUAGAAAACUUAACAAUGAAAAGAAUAUUAAUUUAGAAAAAAUAAUAAAUAUUAUAAAAAU